AUGGAUACUUUACAUCUCCGUCGCAAGGAUACCACCAGAGGUCCCCCACUACGGGUUCUAUCACUAGAUGGCGGUGGCAUCCGUGGAUACUCAAUGCUCAUCCUCCUCCAAGAACUCAUGCACCGCACCUACGUCGAAUGCGAGGGCAAAGCCCCCUCGCGUAACCAAAUCCCGAAGCCAUGCGACCAUUUCGACCUCAUUGCCGGCACUGGCACGGGAGGACUCAUAGCGCUCAUGCUUGGUCGGUUGCGGCUGGAUCUGGAGACGUGCAAGGAUGUAUACGUGCGCAUGACCAGGCGGGUCUUCGAGACCGAUAAGACCAUUGCCGGCAUUCCCUAUCGGUCAACUCUCUUCAAGGCCUCAAAGCUGGAAGAGGCCAUCCGCCAGUGCGUAUGGGAACAUACUGUUGCUGCAGAUGAGGGAAAUGAUGGCUCGCCCAUGCCUGCAAAGCCCGUCUCUCUGCAUGGCCCGGUACCGCGCCCGCAGUCCUCUCACACGCUGCAGCGACGGACAAGUCGGUCGAGUGUUAAUACGAUUGGUGCAUCGCCAGUCCGGUCGCCAGUGAGUUCGCGCGGGUCUAUGGGAAUCCAUGGGCCGAGCUGGGGGAAUGCGGAUGCAAUGCUCUAUGAUAAGAGGGAAAAUAGGACGAAGACCGCGGUCGUGGCAGUCUACAAGGGGACCCCGAUGAACGGAACUCCAACUUUGCUACGAUCAUACGAUUCGCGAAAGGAGCCUCCACCAGAAUUCAACUGUACAAUCUGGCAAGCUGGACGGGCUACAUGCGCAACAGGGCUGGCCUUCAAACCUAUCCUAGUAGGACAACAUGUUUUCAUUGACGAGGGUGCUGGUAAAUAUAAUCCCGCACCGAUGAUUCUCGAUGAAGCUGCUGUAAAUGAAUGGCCAGGCAGAGAAGUAGGUCUUUUCGUCAGCGUUGGAACAGGCAAAAGGCCUCCCGGAACAAGUCAUAUCCAACACGAGUGGUGGGAGGAUGUUUUUGCUGAGUCCCUGGGCAAUUUCGCUGAGGCCCGAAGACGUCUGAUUGCGAAAAUCGAAGGCUGCGAAAAGACUCACCAAUACAUGCUGAAAGAACAUCUCAGAAAACGCAACGUCCCGCUAGAAAAUUACGUCCGUCUCAACGUUGAAGUUGGCGUGGGCGAGUUUGGUAUGAAUGAAUGGAAUCGCCUGGCGGAAAUUAGCACAAGCACUCGGAAUUAUCUCUCCCGGAGCGAUGUGCAGAAGAUGAACCAGGAUGUAGCUGCCAAGUUGGCCAAGAUCCAUUUUAUUCAUCGUAGGCUGGCAGCGGGCAAUGGAGGAAUGGACUGGCCUGCUGAUUCCAACAGUUUUGAAGAAGGCUUAGAGGACGGGGACGUAUUCCAACGGCAGUUCCACCGACCGGUUCCGCCUAUCCCGAUGUCCCUCUCCUCACCGCAAACGAUCCCGCCCCGCUCUUCACAGCCAUCCGCUAUUGAAUUCCCAGACGCAGUCGAACUCCCCGGUGAAGACUUUAUCCCGUUUUCGUCCGCGAAUAAUACGUUUAAUUCCAACCCUCCACGUUUCCCAAGUUCCAGCUACUCACAAAUCCCGAGCGCAAUCUCACCAGAAAAUUACACUGUCCUCACAUCCGAUGAUCACCCGCAACCCCUCAACUUUAGCCGCAAGACCUCGAUCCCGAUCCUAGCCCCAUCCUCACCUACCCACAAUCAAUCAUCCCCCUUUACCUCUCAAACCCGUCUAAACAACAACGAUAAACAAAACCAACAAAGCAUCAAUAGCCGCCCACGAAGCAGUUACAACAAUCCCUCCUCCUCUUCUCCCCGCAUCAGCUCUGAAAUGUUCACAAACCCCCUCCCACAGGCAUUAACGACCCGGCCACAAAGCAGCCACCAGAACCUGAACCAUAAUCACGUCUCCGUCCUCCACUCCCACACACCGCCCCUCAGCCCACCACCAAGCCAUCCACCACCUCCACCACCGCUACCUCCUAAAACCCCCAUACCGUACCCCGAAAAUGGCUAUGGACUCAGUCCCCCUUCCGGCGCUGAUCCUGGUACUGGUGCUGGCUCGCAUGGCUAUGCACCGGCGGCCAUGCCGAUCCCGCCGCGGGCGCCGAAUAGGCCGAAUAGCAAUUAUUACGGGAGUUUGCAAAGUGGCGUCGGCGUCGGUAAUGGACCCGGGGCCGGUAUUGGAAACGGUGCUUGGAAGUUGCCGUACCCUAGUGAUGGGCCACCGCCGUUAGUCAAUAAGGCGCGGAAGCCGACCUACACUCGGCGGUGA